UGAGAGUAUUUUAAUUGUAUGUGACAUUCUGAUCCUGUUAGAGCAAGCCGACAAAUCUGGGCGAAUCCUCCGGGAGUCAAGAAGACGGAGAUAGAUUUCUACUUGUAUCAAGCGUGUAAUACGCACCUCUUUGUACCAACUGACAUAUUUAUGUAUCGCUCGUAGUAAUGCUUCAUAUUACCGUUUUUCAUCCAUGUUCAAUGUGUGCUGUACGCAGUCGUUUUGAUAUUGGCAUCCAUGAAACACAAAAUAUUUUCCGUCAAAGGGAUAUGUGUGAUGCUUGUCCUGUGUAUACCCGCUUUAUCGCACCUACGAAGUUGUUGAUGUAGGGCUGUACUACACCGGAGAAAGUGGAAGAUCAAUCGACAAAUAAUAUGAUAACACAUUUUGUCACCUUUACAUGGCGUCUAGUAUUUGUACACACCCUAUCAGCAUCAUGCCGCCCAAUCAUUCGGAUAUAGACCAAGCACAGAAUCGCCUUUCGCCCGCUUACCUCAGUUGCGUUGCAGAGCUUGUCAAGGAAUUGAUGCAUGCGUUUGACGCCCGAGUUCCUACGAAUUUGACAAGGUUAACAGCCGAUUUAGCACGGAAGCGGAAACUGAAAAUCAUGCCUCGUUUGAUGGACAUCAUUGCUGCUGUCCCUGAGGAAUACAGGGAUAAGUUGUUGCCUUUCAUUAAAUCGAAGCCGGUUCGUACGGCCUCUGGUAUCGCCGUCGUAGCAGUCAUGUGCAAGCCUCACCGUUGUCCUCAUAUUGCGAUGACUGGCAACGUCUGUGUAUAUUGUCCCGGCGGACCUGACUCGGAUUUUGAAUACUCCACACAAGCCUAUACUGGCUAUGAGCCUACAAGUAUGCGGGCCAUUAGGGCGCGUUAUCACCCGUAUGCCCAGACGCGUGGGCGGGUGGAUCAACUUAAACGUUUGGGUCACAGCGUUGACAAGGUAGAAUUUAUCGUCAUGGGUGGUACAUUCAUGUCCUUGAGCGAGGAUUACAAAGACUGGUUUAUCCGCAAUCUUCAUGAUGCUCUCUCUGGUCAUUCGUCGGGCAGUGUGGCCGAAGCUGUCGCCUACAUGGAGCAUAGCGAAAGUAAAUGCAUUGGUAUUACUAUCGAGACUAGGCCAGAUUUUUGUCUUAAACCACAUUUGAACGAGAUGCUAUCUUACGGCUGUACUCGCAUCGAAAUCGGAGUUCAGAGCAUUUAUGAGGACGUGGCUCGAGACACAAACCGAGGUCACACUGUUCACGCCGUGUGUAACUCAUUUCAACUGGCAAAGGAGUGCGGGUUCAAGGUCGUGACACACAUGAUGCCAGAUCUACCCAACAUGGGCAUGGAGAGGGAUCUUCUAGGUUUCCGCGAAUUUUUUGAGAACCCUUUGUUCCGAGCAGAUGGCUUGAAAAUAUAUCCUACUCUUGUUAUCCGAGGCACAGGUUUAUAUGAGCUUUGGAAAACAGGACAAUACAAAAAUUAUACUCCCGACGAACUCAUAGAUUUGAUGGCAAAGAUCUUAUCUCUUGUCCCACCUUGGACUCGUAUUUACCGUAUCCAACGGGAUAUCCCAAUGCCUCUCGUCACUGCCGGUGUUGAGAAUGGUAAUCUUAGAGAGUUGGCGUUGCGCCGGAUGGCUGAACUCGAUCUUCCUUGUCGAGACGUCCGGACGCGCGAAGUAGGUAUUCGUCAAAUUCAUCAAAGUGCUCGCCCACAUGAGAUUGAGCUUGUUCGUCGCGACUAUACGGCAAAUGGCGGAUGGGAAACUUUUCUGAGCUACGAAGAUCCUCACCAAGACAUCCUUAUUGGGUUGCUACGUCUCCGAAGGCCUAGCGCUGUUACAUUUCGUCCUGAGAUCCUGAACAAUUUCUCUUCCGUUGUAAGGGAGCUGCAUGUCUACGGCUCAGCCGUUCCCUUACACGAUAGAGAUCCAAAUAAAUUUCAACACCAAGGUUACGGCAGGCUUCUUAUGGAGGAGGCAGAACGCAUUGCCAAACAUGAGCAUGGUUCUGCGAAGAUAGUAGUGAUAGCAGGAGUAGGAACUAGAAAUUAUUAUCGCAAGCUCGGAUAUGAACUGGAAGGGCCUUACAUGAGUAAGUACUUGCAAAAAGGCAACAGACCACCCGUAGAGUAUCAAGCGGGCAAAAUGCAUAUCGAUGGAUUGGAAAUGGAUGAAAGAAAUGGCCUACAACUGUGAAAUUUCCAACAUUAACCUUGUUUAGAUUCAGCGCGCAUCACAUUGUCUUAUUUAAUGUGAAUAUCAUGACUACAAG